AUGAGUUCGUAUCAAUUCGUGAAUUCUUUAGCUCAGUGUUAUGCUCAACAAGGACGAGCUGGAGAUCAAUCGCAUCAAACUGCCAGCCCUGGAGGCGAUUAUUACAAUCCGAAUGCGGCAGCCGCUGCAAAUUAUCCUCCAGCCUGUUAUUCACCACCUCAAGUGGGUCCUCAAGGAUACACACCUCAUCCGUAUGCCGCCCCAGCUCCCGGUCAUGGACUGCAACCUAUGGGAGACUACACUCAACUUCAACCGCAAAGAAUUCCCGGUGCCAGCGCAAGUUCACACAUGCACCAUGCGAGUCCUGGCGGACAAAGUCCUGGAAUGCUCAAUCCGUCAGCUAGUUGUAAAUAUGCUGAUUCGACAUCUUCAACUGGCGUUGCUAGUCCGCAAGAUCUCAGCACUAAUGCACCUCCAAAUAGGGCUACGCCACCUCUAGUAAAUACUCAGUCGAGUAACAGUAAUGCCACAAUAACUUCUAAUAAAUCUUCUGGACUAACUUCACCUUUAUCAGUGAGCACGUCACCGGGAAUUAAAGGCGGAGUUGGUUCUUCGACAGUUUCACAAAAUUUAUCGUCACCUGCAUCGAGCACUAGUUCAACGUCGAGUAAUGAACAGAAGGUGAAUUCGAACAACAAUAAUUCGAAAAGUGGAAGCCAGGGCAAUCCUCCUCAGAUUUAUCCGUGGAUGAAACGAGUACAUCUUGGACAAAGUAAGUACGAUUGGUCUAUUUUGUGUUAA